CCACCUCCCAAAACGUUUGGAGCUGUAGGAACUUUUAAUGUGAAUGUGGUGCCAGAGUUUAAGAUUCUUUCAAAGAUCCUUGAUAUUCUAACUUGGUGAUCCUCUAUUAAAAGCCAGAAGCCUCAGCUUUCCCGCUCGUUCGUCCUGGGGAAGAAAGCUGGAGGCUUCGGAGCUGUGGUGGGCGGUGGGUGGCAGGGGACCCACAGAGUUCAGCUCACCAGGGGCUGGCACAGCCAAGCCAGACGGCGGCGCUUUCCACUCCCGGUUUUUUGCAACCUUGUAAGGAAGUGGGCGCGGACGGCGGGGAACAGCCGCCUCCUGAUUGGCCGGCCGUCUGGCAGAUGGACAGGACCCCGGGCUCCGCCUCCGCCGCUUUAUUGACACUAAUGAGCAAGUUCUUCCCACCGCUCUCCUGCCUGGAAGUGCUGACAGAUCAAGGCAACAAAUUUCAAUUACAAUCCCUAAUUUGUGUCCGCAGAGUGUUUUUUACCCAUGCUAGUGCUCUCUGGCGCAUCAGUCGAGGCAGAUCUUGGAGCAGCAGGAGGAGGUGGAGGGGGUGGGCGCGAAGGAGUGCCUUAGUGAGAGCGUGCGAGAGACCCGAGGAAGGAAACUUGGCGGUGGCGUCGCUGGCUCCUCGGAUCCCAACAGCAGCGCGAAGGAGGAAACGCCAAACUUGUCUUUUUGCCCGCUGCGGGGAAGGGGGAAGACCUCGAGAGGCCCCGAGAGCCGCUCAGGUUUUGGUGGGGAGGUGUGCGAGUGCGCGCGUGUGCCAGUGUAAGUGUAUAUGAGAGAGGGGCGGGCGGGCGCCGGGCGGCGGGGAUGGCCGAGAAGCGGAGAGGCUCGCCGUGCAGCAUGCUGAGCCUCAAGGCGCACGCCUUCUCCGUGGAGGCGCUCAUCGGCGCCGAAAAGGAAAAGCAGCAGCAGCAGCAGCUUCAGAAGAAGCGGCGAAAGUUGGGCGCGGAGGAGACGGCGGCCGGGCCGGGCGACAGCGGAGGCUGUAGCCGCAGUGGCGCGGGUGAAAAGGGCUCCCCGGAGGGAGACGAAGGCGCGGCGUCCGCGGCCGCCCGGAGCUGCGCAGAGCCCGAGCGGAGCUGUGGCUCCCGCGGCGCCGCGGGCAGCUGCGAGGACGGCUUCCCGCCGGGCGCUCCGCCUCUGGCGUCCCCUGCAGGCUCCCCGAAAGGGUCCCCGACGCCCGCCCUGGGCAGGCCGGGGACUCCGCUGCCCUCGCCUCAGACGCCGCGGGUGGAUCUACAGGGAGCGGAGCUGUGGAAGCGCUUCCACGAGAUUGGCACGGAGAUGAUCAUCACCAAGGCGGGCAGGCGCAUGUUUCCAGCAAUGAGAGUGAAGAUCUCUGGAUUAGAUCCUCACCAGCAAUAUUACAUUGCCAUGGAUAUUGUGCCAGUGGACAACAAAAGAUACAGGUAUGUUUAUCACAGCUCUAAAUGGAUGGUGGCGGGUAAUGCAGAUUCCCCUGUGCCACCUCGAGUGUACAUUCAUCCAGACUCGCCUGCCUCGGGGGAGACUUGGAUGAGACAAGUAAUCAGCUUUGAUAAGCUGAAGCUCACCAACAAUGAACUGGAUGAUCAGGGCCAUAUCAUUCUUCAUUCUAUGCAUAAAUACCAACCUCGAGUGCACGUCAUCCGUAAAGACAGUGGAGAUGAUCUUUCUCCCAUCAAGCCUGUCCCAAUCGGGGAGGGAGUUAAGGCCUUCUCCUUUUCAGAAACCGUCUUCACAACUGUCACUGCCUACCAGAAUCAGCAGAUUACCCGUCUGAAGAUAGACAGAAAUCCAUUUGCCAAAGGCUUCCGAGACUCUGGGCGAAAUAGAAUGGGUUUGGAAGCCCUGGUGGAGUCAUAUGCAUUCUGGCGGCCUUCAUUACGGACUCUUACCUUUGAAGAUAUCCCUGGAAUUCCCAAGCAAGGCAAUGCAAGUUCUUCCACCCUACUCCAAAGUUCUGGGAAUGGCGUCCCUGCCACCCACCCUCACCUUUUGUCUGGUUCUUCUUGCUCCUCUCCUGCCUUCCAUCUGGGGCCCAACUCCAGCCAACUCUGUAGCCUGGCUCCGGCUGACUAUUCCACCUGCGCCCGUUCAGGCCUUGCCCUCAACCGAUACAGCACGUCCUUGGCGGAGACUUACAACAGACUCACCAACCAGUCCGGCGAGACUUUCGCCCCACCCAGAACUCCUUCCUAUGUGGGCGUCAGCAGCAGCACCUCUGUGAACAUGUCCAUGAGUGGCACUGAUGGGGACACCUUCAGCUGCCCACAGACAAGCUUGUCCAUGCAGAUUUCGGGAAUGUCCCCUCAGCUCCAGUAUAUCAUGCCUUCACCCUCCGGCAAUGCCUUUGCUACCAACCAGACCCAUCAGGGUUCUUACAACACUUUCAGAUUACACAGUCCUUGUGCUUUGUAUGGAUAUAACUUCUCCACAUCCCCCAAACUGGCUGCCAGUCCUGAGAAAAUUGUUUCUUCUCAAGGAAGUUUCUUGGGAUCCUCACCGAGUGGAACCAUGACUGAUCGGCAGAUGUUGCCCCCCGUGGAAGGAGUGCACCUGCUUAGCAGUGGGGGUCAGCAGAGUUUCUUUGACUCUAGGACCCUAGGAAGCUUAACUCUGUCAUCAUCUCAAGUGUCUGCACAUAUGGUCUGAUGAAGCCUCCACGUUGAACUACAUUUGGAUCUGUCAGACGUAGUUUUUAAAAGCGAUGUGGAAAGAAACUAUCUGUAGCUUCUAAAAUGUACAUAUAAAAGAAAAGGGACUUACUGAGGUUUUUAACUUUCUCAUGGCAAGACUGUAUGUAUGUAGACUGUAUAUACAAGGCAUGUUGAAUACUGCAGCUUCUGUUAUUUCUCCUUGUUCAUCCUGAUUCAUCCAGUGGCACGUAGUGUUGACACACAUGUCAUAUUUUUAGCCCAAAUUCUCAGACUCUUGUAAAAAUAAAGUGGUAAACUUAAAACUUGGCAUGAUACUAACCAAAGACUUAUAGCUUAAUUUGUUAGAAAAAUGUUCUAAACAGUUCCAUACUUGAGUGUUGAUAACCAGGAGUAACCAGCAUAUAAAUUUUUGUGAUUUCUGUUUUUCUUGGACACAGUUUGAAAAAAUCAAAAGUGCAAAAUCCAUUUGAAGUCUUUAUCUUAGUUCUGAAAUAUUUGUAAUAAUGAAGGAUUAGCUUUGGAUUGCUGCUGGUUUUUAUUUACUACUCAUACUAUAUGACUUUGGGUCUAUAA